AGUAGAGAUGGGGUUUCACCAUAUUGGUAAGGCUGGUCUGGAACUCCUGACCUCAAGUGAUCCUCCCGCCUCAGCCUCCCAAAGUGCUAGAACUACAGGCCUGAGCUACUGCGCUUGGCCCCUUCCGUACUUUUGGCCCAACCCCCUCCAUGGCUGGGGGCGCGGAGGCGGAGAAAGAAGUCACUUGCCCUGGUUCUACCUUGAAGUGGUUCUCAGGGUUGGGGCGAGAGUCGGGGUGGGGACCGGGAUGCAGCUCCAUCCUGUGUGCCUGGUCGCAGCAGGCAGCCCAGCGCUUCUCCUGUUCUCCUCGGCCUUUCCGCUGCUGCCAAAUGAGUUCAGGUCUAGGCCGAGCCGAGGGGGCACCCGGUCGGACUCGGUUGGCCUCGGGCGGCCCCGCCUUCCCCCGCCCCCCAGGCGGGCCCUUCUCGACGGCGCGGGGCGGGCCCUGCGGGCGCGGGAGUGAAGGCGGAACCACGACGGGCGGAGCGCACGGAGCCGGGAAGCCCCUGGGCCCCCGUCGGAGGGCCGAGCGCGGCGCCGAGGGCCAUGGAGCAGCGGCCGCGGGGCUCCGCAGCGGUGGCAGCGGUGUCUACGGGCACUACCUGAAGGCCCCUUGCACGGAGCCCUGUGGCAACUCCACCUGCCUUAUGUGUCCCCAAGAUACCUUCUUGGCCUGGGAGAACCACCAUAAUUCUGAAUGUGCCCGCUGCCAAGCCUGUGAUGAGCAGGCCUCCCAGGUGGCGCUGGAGAACUGUUCAGCUGUGGCCGACACCCGCUGUGGCUGUAAGCCAGGCUGGUUUGUGGAGUGCCAGGUCAGCCAAUGUGUCAGCAGUUCACCCUUCUACUGCCAACCAUGCCUAGACUGCAGGGCCCUGCACCGCCACACACGGCUACUCUGUUCUCGCAGAGAUACUGACUGUGGGACCUGCCUGCCUGGCUUCUAUGAACACGGCGAUGGCUGCGUGUCCUGCCCCACGAGCACCCUGGGGAGCUGUCCAGAGCGCUGUGCCGCUGUCUGUGGCUGGAGGCAGAGUAGGUGGUGUGCUGGGAAUGCGAGUGGGAGAACUGGGAUGGGCCGAGGGGAGGCGGGUGAGGGGGGGCUACCACCCAACACCCACCAGCUGCUUUCAGUGUUCUGGGUCCAGGUGCUCCUGGCUGGCCUUGUGGUUCCCCUCCUGCUUGGGGCCACCCUGACCUACACAUACCGCCACUGCUGGCCUCACAAGCCCAUGGUUACUGCAGAUGAAGCUGGGAUGGAGGCUCUGACCCCACCACCGGCCACCCAUCUGUCACCCUCCGACAAUGCCCACACCCUUCUAGUACCUCCUGACAGCAGUGAGAAGAUCCGCACCGUCCAGUUGGUGGGCAACAGCUGUACCCCUGGCUACCCCCAGACCCAGGAGGCGCUCUACCCGCAGGUGACUUGGUCCUGGGACCAGUUGCCCAACAGAGCUCUUGGCCCCGCUCCCGCGCCCACACUCUUGCCGGAGUCCCCAGUCGGCUCGCCCGCCAUGAUGCUGCAGCCGGGCCCGCAGCUCUACGACGUGAUGGACGCUGUGCCAGCGCGGCGCUGGAAGGAGUUCGUGCGCACGCUGGGGCUGCGCGAGGCGGAGAUCGAAGCCGUGGAGGUGGAGAUCGGCCGCUUCCGAGACCAGCAGUACGAGAUGCUCAAGCGCUGGCGCCAGCAGCAGCCCGCGGGCCUGGGCGCCGUCUACGCGGCCCUGGAGCGCAUGGGGCUGGACGGCUGCGCAGAGGACUUGCGCAGCCGCCUGCAGCGCGGCCCGUGACACGGCGCCCACUCGCCACCUAGGCGCUCUGGUGGCCCUUGCAGAAGCCCUAAGUACAGUUACUUAUGCGUGUAGACAUUUUAUGUCACUUAUUAAGCCGCUGGCACGGCCCUGCGUAGCCGCACCAGCCGGCCCCACCCCUGCUCGUCCCUAUCGCUCCAGCCAAGGCGAAGAAACACGAACGAAUGUCGGGAGGGGCUCAAGACAUUUCUCAGUUUCUCGGCCGGAGUUUGGCUGAGACCGUGGUAUUAAAUCUGUGAAAGAAAAAAAAAACAACC